AGCAGCAGCAGCAGCAGCAGCAGCAAAGCUAACCUCAUAGCCUGUAAAAUGAGUUUCUUUUUACCAAAACUAACGAGUAAAAAAGACAUAGACGAAGUGAUCAAAGGUGUAGCGGAGAAAGUUUUAGUUCUGCGGUUUGGAAGAGAUGAUGACUCAGUUUGUCUCCAGAUCGACGAGAUCCUGUCAAAAACUGCUCACGAUCUGAGUAACAUGGCAUCCAUCUACAUCGUUGAUGUGGACAAAGCUCCUAUUUACACCAGAUACUUUGACAUCAGCUACAUUCCCUCCACUGUGUUCUUUUUUAAUGGACAACACAUGAAAGUUGAUUAUGGCUCUCCAGAUCACACUAAGUUUGUUGGCAGCUUUAAAACCAAACAGGAUUUCAUAGACCUGAUCGAGGUGAUUUACAGAGGAGCCAUGAGGGGGAAAAUGAUUGUCCAGAGUCCCAUAGAUCCAAAGAAUAUUCCAAAGUAUGAUCUCCUCUACCAUGGGAUUUAGCUUCAUUCUUCCAAGGCCAAAUAUUAAAGAGACUUGUUAUUCUGUUGACUGAAAAAGCCACCAAAUCCUCCUCUUAUGUAUUUGAUGGAAGUUGCUGGAAACUGUUUCAGUAGUUUAUAGUGUUACCUUGUGUUCAUUGUGUUUUAUCUAGAAUAUUUAUUUUUAUUGCAUUCCUAAUGUGACAGCAAUUGUGUGGAUGAGGAUAUUGUUUCCUUUGUUAGAGGCAGAAGUUAUGUUUCCCAUGGAAAAUAGCCACUGACCAGCUAAAGAACUUUAAAUGUAUCUGUAAUAUAGUAAUAAUAAUAAAAAAAAACUUGUGAUAAUAAAGCAGCUUAAAGCCCUUGUUUCAGUGUUCAUUGUCUUCAUUCUACUUAAAGGUGUGAAUUAUUAGUAUAGUCUCUUUAGCAAAGAGCCUACUAACAGUUACUCUCUAUAUCCAUCAUCCAGUUAUCCUAUUGCUGGCAUCACACUUAUAGAUAAGAGAUGUAACAAAGCUUUAUGAGGCCACAGCUUUUAAAAUUAUUCU